AUGGCAAUUGAGAGCGAGAGAAAGAGAGAUCCAAGAGCUUGGGAUGCACUCACGCCUUCAUUGGCGGAAUGGGUAUUGGAUGCCAUCUCGUCAAUGGGGUUUGAAAAAAUGACACCAGUACAGGCAUCCACCAUUCCCUUGUUUAUGGGGAACAAAGAUGUCGUUGUUGAGGCUGUCACAGGUAGUGGAAAAACUUUGUCCUUUUUGAUACCCGUUGUGGAAAAGUUAUUGCGAUUGGAGGAACCUCUCAAGAAACACCAUGUGGGAGCUAUAAUUGUCUCCCCAACUCGAGAGCUCGCGACCCAAAUUCACUCGGUCCUCACAUCUCUACUCAAAUUUCACGAGCCAUCUGCGGAAGCACUGCAGCCAUUGGAGGAAGGCGAGAAACGAAAGCCUUCGUCCACCUUAAGAGUAAUCCCACAACUAUUGCUUGGGGGUACGACUACUCCGGCGCAAGACCUAAGCAGAUUUCUUAAGAAUAGCCCCAAUCUCCUCAUCUCCACACCUGGUAGAUUACUAGAACUACUUUCAUCUCCGCAUGUUCAUUGCCCACAAUCUUCCUUCGAGGUUUUAGUGUUGGACGAGGCAGAUAGGUUAUUGGAUCUGGGUUUCAAGGAUGAUUUACAGAAGAUUCUCGGCCGUCUGCCGAAGCAGAGGAGGACAGGUCUUUUCAGUGCCAGUGUCAGUGAAGCAGUAGGGGAAAUAGUCAGGGUCGGUCUGAGGAAUCCAGUGAAAAUCGCUGUGAAGGUUAAGGGGGCUGGAGGGGGUGAUAAAAUGACCCCUGCGAGUCUUCAAAUGUCUUACCUGCUGACUCCACCAACCCACAAGUUUCCCGCGUUGCUAUCUUUACUAUCACAGCUUGAACCAACUCCUCAGAAAUCUAUCAUCUAUCUUUCGACUUGCGCUGCCGUCGAUUACUUUCAACCUUUACUUGAGGCAGUAUUGCCCAAACAAUUUGGUUUAGUUUCCUUACAUGGCAAGCACCCACCUAACGUAAGGCAAAGAAAUUUCUCCAAAUAUGUUACAGCAGUCACCCCGACGAUACUUCUUACCACAGAUGUUGCCGCAAGAGGUCUCGACAUACCUCAGGUCGACUUGGUAGUACAAAUCGAUCCACCGUCAGACCCAAAAGUGUUUCUUCACAGAUGCGGAAGAGCGGGUCGAGCUGGGCGAAAAGGAUUGAGUGUCAUUUUCCUACAACCAGGACGUGAGGAAGAUUAUAUCCCAUUUCUUGAAAUCCGUAAAACCCCAAUUACACCCCUCAAACGGCCUGAAAUCAGCAUGACUGAUGAGGCUGCUAAAAUUCUAAUUUCAAAGAUGCGCAAAGAAGUUCUCGCAGACCGUGCUCUUUAUGAUAAAGGACAACGCGCGUUUGUCAGUUGGGUUCAAGCCUAUUCGAAACAUCAAGCAAGCAGUAUAUUCAGAGUUGCAGAUCUUGACUGGACUGACCUGGGUAAUGCUUGGGCACUUGUAAGGUUACCAAAAAUGCCUGAACUAAAGAAGUGGGAAGGUGACAAAACCUUGGGCAUAAAAUUAGAUAUGUCUGAGUAUGCAUAUAAAGAUAAGAUCAGAGAGAAAGCAAGAAGAGUGGCUAUGGAGGAAGCAAAGAAUGCCGGGCCAUAUGUACCAACUGAAGAGCAAAUGGCAAAGAAAAAGCAAAGGGAAGCUUGGAGUCAGAAACACGAGAAACAAGAUCUCAAAGAGUUGAAGCGAGAAAAGAAGAAGAGAAAGAGAGAGAUUGAAAGACUGGAAAAGAUGACGGACGAAGAAAAGAAAGAAGAGCAAGCAAAGGAGAAAGAGUUGCAGGAUUUGAUAGAGCAGGUGAAAAAGAGAAAGAUUGAGGAUGAUGCUGAUGUUGAGUUUGAGGGUUUUGCUGAUUAG